AUGGCGGCAGCGGUGCUCUUGGAGGAGGAACUGCAAUAUAGCAUAGCGACCUCUGAGGAUGAUGCCGAGUUCGAAGAGGAUGAUAAUAUGGCAGCGGAAAUGAUGGCAGCUAACGAUGAUGCCGUGGCUGCAAAUCACCAACUCCAUAAUGGAAUGCUGGCGGGACAUCCUGAUGAAGAAGCCGUAAUGUCGGAUGAAGACGCCGAAGGCGAAGAAGACUAUGAAAUGGCAGAUUCGGCGCCAAACAAUGAAGGAGAUAAUAGCGAGGACGAAGAUGGGGAUGAGGACGAAGAUGGAGAAGGAGUAGGUGCUGUUAAGAUACAACCUGGGAUUUUAGAGGAUGAGGACGAGGAUGCCAUGUCCGAAAUCGAUGACGAUGAGGAGAGUGUUGCAAGUCUAGACGAUGACUCUAAGGAUUCGACGGAUGCCGAGGCGGAACUCGAUUGGGAACCUGCAGCCGAAGAAGACGAGGAACCUGCAAACCCCAAUCGUUGCAUAUUUUGUCAACAGGAUGAAGAGAACGAUCCUAGUGAAGAAUUCGAGCUAUAUCUAGCUUGCAGUGUCUGUGGAGAUAAUGCCCAUCGACAGUGUGCCCGAAAUGCUGAUGCAUUAAAAUCUGAUGACGAAGCGGAGAUAUGGUAUUGUUCCGGUUGUGUUGAGAACAAACUUGUUCCCGAGACUGGUCCUUUAGAAGGCGAGGAUGAACUUGAACCAGGAGCGCGGAGAAUAUCGAGAGAUAGGCUUCCUGGAGACCUCUUGCCACCUCAAAGAGGCUCCAUCAAACCAGAUUCCCAUUCAGUUUUCAAUCAACUCAUUGCGCCAGAUGACCCGCUGGAUGGCUCGCGUCUGUUGCGCAAAAGGAAACCGUCCUCUGCAGAAGCGGAGGAUGAAGAACCGACUGUUAUUAACCUUCGGAGGCGGAAUAACAAUCGUGACAAAGAUAUCACCUUAGGUCAUCUUGACUCGAAUCUUGCAGAAGCCACUAGCGUCGAGGCAGAGAAGCAGGUGAUUGAGGUCGACUACCCUAAAACCAAUGGUGAUAUAACUGCCGAUUUGCCUGCUAGCCCGCGCACAUCAAGAUCACUUAGACAAAAAUCUUCAUCAUCGCCCCGUGCCGUCGUCCUUGAACGGGCACAACACAAACUCAAGUUAAAAUUUCGGUUGAAUCCAGCUGAGCUUCGCCAUAUUCAAUCGCAGCCUCCAAAGCCAAAGAAAAAGAGUCGGCCCGCCUCUGGCGCCCGAUCUUCAACUGCUGUCUCUGCCUAUGUCCCCUCCUACACACAACCUUUCUAUUCACUUCACGAAAAAGAAAUGGACGAUCUAAAGUCUAAACCUUACGGUGGAAUUUUGAGCGAGGCUGAAGCUGAUACUUCGGUGACCUUGCCCAAACCUGAACAUCGCCGACAGUUUGACGAAGCCCGGCAGAAAGCUGAAGAAGAAUGGGAGGCUAGAGCGGCGGCAGUUGCAGAAGCGGCGGCAGUAUCUGGGAUCAAGAAACCUCGGAAGGUAUCUGGCCCAGCUAGCCAGAUCGAAUACAUCGAGUUUGGACAGUUUCAAAUCGACAUUUGGUACGCUGCGCCAUAUCCAGAAGAAUAUAGCCGAAACCAGGCUCUCUUUAUUUGCGAGUUCUGUCUGAAGUAUAUGGAAUCGGCGACAGUUGCGUGGCGGCAUAAGACAAAGUGCCCCUGGAAGCAUCCACCUGGCGAUGAGAUCUAUCGAGAUGGCAACAUCUCGAUGUUUGAAGUUGAUGGUCGCAAGCAAUCGCUCUACUGCCAAAAUCUUUGUCUUCUCGCCAAAUUGUUCUUAGGCUCCAAAACCCUAUACUACGAUGUCGAACCUUUCUUAUUCUACGUCUUGACGGAAUACGAUGAAUUAGGCUACCACUUCGUGGGCUACUUUUCCAAAGAGAAACGGCCAACCAGUCUCAACAACGUUUCAUGUAUCCUGGUGCUUCCAAUCUUUCAACGAAAAGGUUACGGCAACCUUUUGAUUGAUUUCUCUUAUCUUCUAACGCGCGUGGAAAAGAAGACAGGAUCACCUGAAAAGCCACUAUCAGAUAUGGGUCUGGUCUCCUACCGUAACUACUGGCGGCUUGUUAUGUGCCAUUAUCUCGAAGGAUUCAAGUCGGGAGACCAGAUUCCUAGUAUCAAGCAAAUAUCCGAUGACACGGGAAUGACUCCAGACGACGUUAUAUCAGCACUCGAACAGUUAGGGGCCCUGGUUCGUGAUCCGAUAUCUGGAGUAUAUGCGUUGCAAUUGAAAACGGAUCUUUACGGGGACGUUAUUCGACAUCACGAUGCAAAGGGCUAUGCGUCAAUCAACCCUAAGAAAUUGGUUUGGACUCCAUACAUUAUGGGACGGGGCACAGCUUCCGCUUAUGACCACGCACCACCGCUUAAUGCGAUAGGCGAACAUGAAGAUGGGGAGGUUGGCAGCCCUGAGCUAAGCCAAUUCUCCAAUACCGAUAGGAGGGAUUUCGAGCCUUUCAACCUCACGGUUAAUGGUAAUACGGAUGCUGUAAUAGAAUCAAUGGGGAAGUUAAUGACUGAGUCUGGCGAGCCCAUCAACAUUGAUACCCCAGAAGAUUCUAUAGAGAACCCUGGGGGCCUUCCCAAAACGAACGAUAUCCCCAAGAAACUCUCAUACUAUGAAGCUGCUGCUUCCAUUUCACCCACUCAAUUCGAAGUCUUCCCUCCCCCUCCCGGGACUCGAAAUCGCACCACAUCUCGGCCAUCUGGAUCCCGAUCUGCGGCUCGUCCAAAAUCCUUAGGUCCAUCCCCCGCUCGCCAUACACCACAACGGAGUAAUUCGAGACGAUCUACAAAUUCUAGGAGCUCGGCACGUCGAAAAAGCGGCGGGACCGGUCGAGGCCCUGGGAGAUGGCCGAAAGGGACCAAGAAAAGCGACUUUGGCAACGCAGAUAGCGGUCCAGGCAUGCCCCCAAGGCUUGGGAAGCAGAGAAGCAGAUUGGGAAAUGAAGUGUUACUCGGCGAUGAAGAGGAGGAGGAUGGCCCGCAUGAUGAGGAUAGAAAUGGGGAUGGAGAUCCCCUUGACGGGGAUGAGGAAGAAGAUGAGGAUGCCAUUGUAUACGAGACCCCUGCGAUGAAGAAACGGCGAGACAGAGAUUCCGGUCGAGGGAAAGGUCUAGGGAAGCCGAUACUAGGAGGGAAGGGCAAGGGGCUCGGCAAGGGCUUGGGGAAGAGUCUGUUAGUAGAAGACGGCGGCGACGAAAUUAUGGAUGAUGCUCCCCCGAUUACAGGGGAUUUAGAGAUCGAUCCGGAUGCCGAGGAUGAGUAG